AUGAGGUGUACGCUCUUGCUGCUGGUUCUAUCCCUGGCUCUCUUCUCCUCCGCGGAAGCCUCACGUGUUAGAGAUGGAUGCAAAAGCUCGAUAAAGAAGUACGGGAAAUGCUUGAAGAAAGGAUUCGUGUCAAAUCUUGGAUGCAAGUACAACUCAAAGAAAACGUUGAAAGGCAAGAAAAACAAAAAGUGUAAAAAGAUAGAGACGACAGCUAAAGAUUGUGGCAUGAGUUGCGCAAUGGCGGCAAUUGAUGGUGGGUGGAGUGACUUUGGAGAUUGGUCUGAAUGCGAUGCUGUAUGUGGCGGAGGAUCUCAGGAAAGGAAAAGGACCUGUACUAACCCUGCACCUGAAAAUAGUGGAUCUGAAUGCCAGGGAGAUGAUUCAGAAAACCAAGAUUGUAACACACAAGGAUGUCCAGUUGAUGGUGGGUGGAGUGACUUUGGAGAUUGGUCUGAAUGCGAUGCUGUAUGUGGUGGAGGAUCUCAGGAAAAGAAGAGGACCUGUACUAACCCUGCACCUGAAAAUGGUGGAGCUGAAUGCCAGGGAGAUGAUUCAGAAAACCAAGAUUGUAACACACAAGGCUGUCCAAUUGAUGGUGGGUGGAGUGACUUUGGAGAUUGGUCUGAAUGCGAUGCUGUAUGUGGUGGAGGAUCUCAGGAAAAGAAGAGGACCUGUACUAACCCUGCACCUGAAAAUGGUGGAGCUGAAUGCCAGGGAGAUGAUUCCGAAAACCUAGAUUGUAACACACAAGGCUGUCCAAUUGAUGGUGGGUGGAGUGACUUUGGAGAUUGGUCUGAAUGCGAUGCUGUAUGUGGUGGAGGAUCUCAGGAAAAGAAGAGGACCUGUACUAACCCUGCACCUGAAAAUGGUGGAGCUGAAUGCCAGGGAGAUGAUUCAGAAAGCCAAGAUUGUAACACACAAGGCUGUCCUCCUGCCCAGUUGAAGUUUGUCUCUGCCGUUCAAGAUAGUACUAAUCAUGGGGGAGUUGCAAACCGUGCUUUUGACGGUAACACUGCAGGUGCCUGGCCUAGCAAGUAA